UAAGUCUGACUUUUAUGACGAGGCAUAACUCGUUAAAAUGUAUUUAACCCAUUUAAAUAAUCAGCUAUUUUGUUAUCGGAUAUUCCUUAAAAUUUGAUUAGAAGUUUCAAUCUUGAAAAUAAAGAAUCAAAGUGCGCUGACGCGUUGCAUAACCCUUGUUUAGACCAAUAUAUCGAGAUCGAUAAUUCAUUUCCAAUCAUACUCGUUAUAGUACAGACCAAAACUGCUUCAAGACUCAGUUAAAAAUAGAAUCGAACAUGAGCAACAGCGAGUUACGUAAAAGAAAGAAUAAACAGCACAACAAUGCCCAAAAACCAUCAUCCAAAAGGCGAAAAGAUAAGACUGUCUCAUCGAUACACACAUCCUUGCUGUGCCUUAUUCUUAGCGGCACCAUCCUGACAUUAUUCAUAGUUUUAUACACAGAUCAAAUACCAUGGUACAUUGGUCAUCGAGCUGUCGAUAGUAUUGCAAUGAAGUUUGGCUAUCACAAACCAGUGCACGCUGUUGUGAUCGAUGCGGGAAGUACAGGAUCUAGAGUACUGGCUUUUACUUUUCAUGAGUCCUACUUAGGGGGUCACUUAGUGUUAGAUAGGGAACUGUUCGAGUACACAAAGCCAGGAUUGUCUUCAUUUGCAAAGGAACCACACAAGGGCGCCGCGACCAUAGAAAACCUUCUGGAAAAAGCCAAGAAUGAAAUACCCGAAGAAUAUUGGUCCAAAACCCCCUUGAUUUUGAAAGCAACAGCAGGUCUCCGAAUGCUACCUCCAACAGAAGCAGAAAAAUUGCUCGAAAGCGUGAGAGACGUCUUCAGAAAAACGCCUUUCCUAACUCAAGAAAACUCUAUCGAAAUCAUGGAUGGAGUAGACGAAGGAAUCUUCUCGUGGUUUACAGUUAAUUUCUUACUGGAACGUUUGAAUGGGGACCCUUCUUCGACUGUUGCCGCACUGGAUUUGGGAGGCGGUUCGACGCAAGUAACUUUCGCUGCACAAACCCCUGCCAGCCUGAAACUCAAGGAAAAUAUACACCAGGCCAUUUCCCCCAGAGGGGAGAUUCCCGUGUACACCAACAGUUUUUCUGGACUGGGACUCAUGGCUGCUAGACAUGCUGUGGUCACUCUGAAUCAACCUAAUAAGGUCAACGUUACUAGCGAAUGUGUUAAUCCGGUCGUGAAGAAUCGGAAGUUCCAUUACCAUGGUAAUAACUACUAUGUAUCAGGACUACAAGAGAAUUAUCCGACAUCAAAAGUUAAAGGUUCAGACAUCGAGAUAGGCGAAACCAUCCCUAUAGUUAAUUUCAAGGACUGUUCCCAAAUCCUUACGAAGUAUGUCAAGAGUAAAGCAAAAUCUCCAGAAGAACUACCUCUGAAGACCAUUUUUGCCUUCAGCUAUUAUUUCGAUAGGGCAACGGAAGUCGGUUUGAUAGACGAAUCAACCGGAGGUCACAUAAAAGUGAAAGACUUCAGAAAAGCAGCUGAAACAUCUUGCCACGAAGCUAACGCCGACCAACCUUUCAUGUGCCUCGAUCUAACUUUCAUAUGGGUGCUACUAGACCAAGGGUUCGGCCUGAAAGAAAACACCAAUGUUAACCUCUUCAAAAAAAUCAAUGGACACGAAAUCAGCUGGGCCUUAGGGGCAGCCUAUGACCUACUCAGGAGAUAGUGAAUCGAAAUAUGUUAGGUUGAGGGUUUAGGUUAAGGUAGCACAUUUUUAUACGUACUGAAGAUUUUUUUUAUUGUAAGGCAGUGAAAUUGUUUCAGCGGGUGUAUUCGGCAUCUGUCACAAAUGUUGUUCAUUUCUAUUAGAAGUUUAUCACCUAAGAGUUGAGGAGGAAGUUUGAUCGAUGUAUAUACUUCUGUCAGUUUUGAUAGUUCGGGUUGAUUAACUUCAAAUUUGAAGUUUAUCAAGUUCAUGGAAGAGAAAAAGAAAUUCUGGAAAGAGGGAGAGGCAGAGAUAUAGCUGUAUGAAAAACCAUGUAGUUUGAGAGUAUAUCUAAAAAGACAUUUUGAAAGAUUAGAGGAGGAAUUUAAAAAAUAUUGUAAGCAGUUUGAGAGAGAUAUAAUUUGAGAGUUUGAAAGAGGUAGAUUGAGAAACAUGAUUCUAAAAAAAAAUUGCAGGAAUUGGUUUGAGAAAAAGGUAAUUUGAGAAAGAUAAUUUGAGAAUCACAAUUCGAAUUGAAAAAGAAUUUUGAGUUGUAUCAUGGAAGUGGCCGAUACUUGACAAAAAUCCAUACCGUAAUCAAGUAACAUUUUAUUGAGAGAUUUUCACAAAACAAGUGAAAAUCUCACAAUGAAACGUUACUUGAAUUUUGAGUUACAGAAUUCAAAAAUAGAGUUUUGAACAAAGUGAUUGAGGAAGACGUCGGCUGGAGGAAAAAGGUGUGAAAGAAGUGAAAUUUUUUAAGAGUAGAUGAUUUGAGAGCAAAAUGAUUUUAAUAAUGUUCAUUCCCACACAUGAAUACAAUAUAAUAAACAAUAAUGAUAAAUUAAAUGAAUAAACCAUAAAUUUGGCGAGUGCCUCUGAGAGGUAAUUUGGGUAAGUAAAGUUAUAUAGAAGACAUCUUGGUACAAGGUAUAUAAAUUAAAAGUCUAAAAUAAAUGACGUUUUUUUAAUGUAACAACAAAAUCAUGUAUUCAACUUGAAAUUAAACAAAAAUAAGUAUUAAAACUUCAUAGGUACUAUUGAAUAGUACACAUAUUGUAAUAAGUCUAGAUAGAUCACUCGUUUUGCCUAAAAACGUAAAAUUUUAUAAAUUGCGUCUGGUAUUUUCAGUUCUUCGACGUUUCGGUUUCGACUUUGAAGCCAUUUUGGAGAAAGUAUCACUACAGUGAGGUCUCAAUCUGCCUAUUCGUCAGGUAGUGACACACUUCAAGUGUUUUGAGACUUGACUUCAGGGUCUCAAUCUGCCUACUUUCAAGGAUAGCCUGUGAACCCACAUUCUUCGCUUGGAAUAAGGCAGAUUGAGACCCUGACGUCAAGUCACAAAACAUUUGAAGGGUGUUACUACCUGACGAGUGGGGAGACUUAGGCCUUACUAUAGUUAUAAUUUCUUGAAAAUUGCUGCACAGCAAUUUUAUGGGUGCGCAUUAGUGAUGUAUUCUUUGAAGUUUCCCGUUUGGCAUCAUCAUAGACGAGGUUAUCAAAACUUUUUACUGCACCUUGUUUGUAACUGAGUAAAGAAGUUCAUUUUUUCAGAAAAACAUUCGUUCCUUGCCCUUCUGAAAUCGAGACCUUUUGACAUGAUAGUAAAAGAGUUUGAGAGAGUUUUGGAAAGAACGAUAGUUUGGUAUAGCGUCAAAGAAUAAUUUCAAGAGAGUUUGUCUCGAAGAGAAACUGAAAGAUGAUGGUAGCUUGGAGAAAAUUGUUGAAAAAAAAGAUGAAUAGAGAUAAUUUGAUUGAGAGAGGCGAGUUCCAGAAAGUGGAAAGUUUGUAAAAGAGUAACAAUAAAAAAGUUCCGAGAAAUGAUGAGAUUUUCAAGUUGAAUAAGAAAGGUUUUGAAUUUUAUGGAUAUGUCCAUCGAUCAAAUUUCCUGUCGUGUUCUUCAUCAAAAGAGUGCACGUUUUGUCCAUCAUCAUAAUUUUUCUCGAAGUUUCUUAGGGCAAUAAAUAUUGUUGGGUGUUGCCUCUUAGACUGACAUUGGCCAGUUUUUUUUAUUAGAAAACUUUUUCUUGAGUAUUUCUUGACGUUUUCGCCAAGAUGUUGAAUUUUUGUUGAAGAAGGUUAUGUUACAGUCAAAUAUAGUUUCAGUAUUAUUUGUGUUGGCAACCAAGACUUCCAGAAUAUUUCAUAGUUGUUUUUCAAUGUCAUAAUGUAAUUUUAGGGCAGCCCCUUCCCGAUCUCAUUCCUGUUCGAAUGAAAAUAACCCUAUUUUUAACUCUUACAUUCCUGCUUCUUAAUUACUGGUCCGCCCGUAAAAGACAAGGGUUGAAGAAUUUUUUUAAAAGUAUUUCAAUUCAAAAGUGAAUGUGCCUUAGAUAAUUUUUGUAUUCGACUAUUUAAACAGGCUGUGCGAUGAUUCCAUUAUUUUAAGUUGAAUGUGUGUUUUCAUCACCAAAAAGUAUAAUAAAUGUAUGACACCAUC